GUGAAACGACGCAUUCUGUUAUCCGCCACGGUGGAAGUUGGUUUAGACAUAAUGUUGUUAUUAAGUGGACAAGGGAGUGCAGGUAGGAAGAGAUUUCAAUGUCUGUUAUGUGUUGUUUUAUGGUAUGGUCAAGGUGGAGUCAGCAGAAAUCGUUAAAAAUAGGGUAUUGCAUUGGAAAAAAGUGUUGUAGUCCCUGUGACAUAUAAAGGGUUGGCCGGGUAAUUCUCACAAACAAAAAGAUGGAAGACUUGGUCAACAUGUCGAUCAUCGUCACUCUGAAUUAACACACCGUCUCCAUCUCCUAUUCUCAUUCUCACCCUUCAACUUCAAUGCCAUCAAAACUUGUCCACCUUCCAAAUCGUCAUUCCUUCUUUCUCCCCCUCUAGACUGACCCAUUGUUAUACCUCUUCUCUUCCAUCACUGCCACACAGUCCCUCCUCGAGGGCGCACGCCGCCCCUAGUGCGCGUGUGCGUGCCUACCGGCUCUUCUUCUCCUUCUCCCCGUCUUCGUUAAUUAAUUAAUGGCAUUCACUGUUUGUAGCUCUUAUUGCAUCACAAUAUCCAUUGUUCUCGUAGUGUGCGGUGUUGUUGUUGUUCCCUCUCACGGAGCCACAGAAUCGGAACUGCUCCUCGCCGUGAAGGAUAAAUUACAGAACACCAAAGAGUUAUCUUCAUGGACACCAUCUACGACUCCGUGUUCAGGUAGAAAAGCAAACUGGAAAGGUGUUCUUUGCAAUAAUGGGGUAGUAACCGGGCUGCAGCUUGAGGGUAUGGGGCUCAAGGGUGUCAUUGAUGUCGAUUCUCUCAAGGGUUUACCAAAUCUUAGAACCAUAAGUUUCAUGAAUAAUGAACUUGAGGGUCCAAUGCCACAAAUCAACAAGCUAAACGGUUUGAGGUCGGUAUACCUUUCAAACAAUAAGUUUUCUGGUGUUCUUCCGGACAACGCCUUCCAAGGCAUGGUAUGGUUGAAGAAAAUCUAUUUGUCAAACAAUAAGCUUACGGGUCCUAUUCCGGAAGGUUCUCUGACCAAAUUGCCAAAGCUUAUGGAGUUGAAGUUGGAUGGCAAUCAAUUUACUGGGCCUGUUCCCAACUUGCCGCAGACUUCAUUGACCUCAGUUAACUUCGCAAACAACAAGUUGCAAGGCCCAAUUCCAGAUUCCAUGUCCAAGAUGCCCUCUGCUUCCUUUUCUGGUAAUGAAGAGUUAUGUGGACCGCCUAUGGGAGAAUGUAAGAAGCAGAACCAAGACCAGAAUCAGAAUCAGAACCAGAACCAGAACAACGACGACAAGAGGAAGCACACAACCAUGAGCAUUGUUGUGGUUGUCGUAGCUGUGGUGGUGGCAUUGAUAGUGAUUGCAGUAGUAAUGUUCAUCCUUUUUUACCGUAGGAAACAAGCGAAAAAAAGAGAAAUAGAAUCAUCGAUGGAGAGUCAAGAAAUAGGCGCACCGCAACUGAGGAAAGGGAAAUCAAAUCAAUUUGGGAAUGAGAUCAGAAGCAGGUCAAUUAGAUCGGUAAGCUCCAACCACAGCAGAAGAGGAGGGGAUCACAUGAAGUUGUCGUUCAUAAGGGAAGACGGAGAGAAAUUCGAGCUACACGAUUUGCUGAGAGCUUCGGCUGAGAUCAUGGGAAGUGGAUGUUUCAGUUCUUCAUACAAGGCUUCUCUACCCAAAGGGCAAAUGAUAGUGGUGAAGAGGUACAAGCAGAUGAACAAUGUAGGAAGGGACGAGUUCCAUGAACACAUGAGAAGGAUUGGAAGGUUGAAUCACCCAAGUCUGCUUCCUCUUGUGGCUUACUACUACAGAAAGGAGGAGAAGCUCUUGGUUACUGACUUAGUUAAGAAUGGAAGUUUGGCUGUUCGCCUUCAUGGAUACCAAAGUCUUGGGCUAGAAAGUCUUGAUUGGCCAGCGAGGUUGAAGAUUGUGAAAGGAAUAACCAAAGGUCUUGAAUAUCUAUUCAAGGACUUGCCAAGCCUUAUAGCACCACAUGGAAACCUUAAAUCGUGCAAUAUUCUUCUAACAGAAUCUCUUGAGCCACUCCUCUGUGACUACGGAUUGAUCCCACUUAUAAACCAGGAACUCGCCAAGGACAUCAUGGUUGUGUACAAGUCCCCAGAGUACUUGAACAAUGGAAGAAUCACAAAGAAGACUGACGUGUGGUGCCUUGGAAUCUUGAUCCUGGAGAUUCUCACUGGCAAGUUCCCUGAGAAUUUCUUGCAGCAGGGUAAAGGGAGCGAGGUGAGUCUCGCAAAUUGGGUUCGUUCCAUUGCCCCAGAAGAAUGGACCAAGGAGGUCUUUGAUAAGGAGUUAAUGGGAGCGAUCAAGACCAGUGAGGGAGAGAUGGUGAAGCUGUUGAAUAUUGCGAUGGCGUGUUGUGAAGAGGAUUUGGAGAAAAGGUGGGACUUGAAAGAAGCAGUUGAGAAGAUUGAAGAGAUUAGAGAGAAGGAUCAAGAAGAUGAUUUUUUCACUGUUGCUGAUGAUGCAGAUGUAGGGUCUACAAGGACACUGUCUGGUGAAAUCAAUUUCUAGAACAAUGCAAUAUAGUAAUAAUGCAUGCAUGCAUGCAUGGAUUGGAUUUUCUAUCAGCGUUCUAUUUUGGUUCUUCAUGCAUGAUAUUGAUGGAUGUAAUAUUAUACGGGGACAAGGAAUUUGGGGGGGAGGUUGUAGCACAUACCAUAUUGCAUCAACAAAGGCUUGUCUUCUUUCCUGUAAUAUUAUUAUUAUUUACAAUUAUUUUA